AUGCAUAUAGACUUUGUUAUACCAGUUAAUAGGAAUCUGGUGGCUGGUUAUGAAGCCUAUGAAAAGAAAUCCAGAAACUCCUGCAUGGAUUACGGUUUUCAUAUGGCCAUCACAAAGUGGGAUGAUGGUGUUUCCAAGGACAUGGAGAUAAUGGUCAAGGAGAAGGGUGAUAUCUGGAAGGCGGUAUGUAGGAAUCAUGUCUGCAGAACAAGUAGGAAACUAUGGUGUAAGGUUAGUGUUUGA